GAGGGGCCAGCAGAGGAGGGAAGGUGCUGAGGAGAGAGAGCGCCUGCGACUGUCACCGAGACACCGGCAAACAAACCAGCUGAGGGGAGACGGCUCUCAACCUGAGACACUGCCAGGAGGGGGGAAAUAUCCGACUGACUGACCCGAAAGAACUGACAGCAGGAAAGUCCGAGGACAAAGACCUGCCUGAUCCUCUGACGUCCGUCUACUCCCGGCAACAUACGGUGAUUUCUUUCUUUAUUUUUGGCAGAACUUUUUGGAGGAAGAGCUGAGGCUCCACUUUCUGCUGUGCUCCCUGCAGACAUCUUGCCCUGUGCCUACAAAAGGAGACAGAAAGUUUUGAGUGGCCAGACACCUGUGGUAAUCGGAGAAAAUGACUGAAAACUCAUCCUCCACCCCAGCGGCCAAGCCCAAGAGAUCCAAGUGCAAGAAAUCAAAUGACCACCCCAAGUACUCGGACAUGAUCCUGGCAGCCGUCCAGGCGGAAAUGAGCCGAUCGGGCUCCUCGCGUCAGUCCAUCCAGAAGUACAUCAAGAACCACUACAAAGUGGGCGAGAACGCCGACUCCCAGAUCAAACUGUCCAUCAAAAGGCUGGUCAAUCGCACCCUCAAGCAAACCAAGGGGGGUGCCUCCGGCUCCUUCAGGUUGGCCAAGGGAGAUGAGCCUAAAAAAACUGUAAAGAAACCCAAAGAAGUCAAAAAAGUGGCUACUCCAAAGAAGACAGCGGCCAAACCUAAGAAAGCCGCCAAGUCUCCAGCCAAACCAGGAAGCCCAAAGCCGGCCGAGAAGAAGACAAAGAAGGUGGCCAAGAGAACGGCUCCCUCACCUAAGAAAGUCAAGAAGACAAAGACUGUGAAAGCCUAACCAGGUCAAGGCAUAAGUGAGAAAGCCAAGCCGGCCAAACCCAAGGCCAAGUCCAGCCCAAAGAAGUCUACACGGAAGAAGUGAACGAGGCUGGACAGGCUCCUAAGAAAUCCUGUACAUAGUUUUAUAACCUCUAACUUUUUCUCCUCCAGUGCAACUUUCUUAAGAUGAUCCGCUUCCCUGUAAUUCCUAAGGACAAUACCUUUUUAUUUAUGUAAUUUUUUUUUAUUUGAUUUUAAAAACAAAGUUGUGUGUGGGGGGGAGGGGGGGAUUAAGAGUUUGACGGCAUUACCUUUUGUUUUUUCUGCACUAAUUUUAUACAUUUAAUUUAUAGGCUGUAGUCCUUAUCUCCCACCUCUGAUGGUGACGUGUAGGCUGUCUGCAUAUUAUUUGUCUGCUUUCUUUAGAUGUUAGAUCUGUUUGGUGACAUUGCUGGAAUAAUAGCCAUAUCGUGUAAUACAGUGCAGUUCUGCGGAGUCACCAAACCCUUCAAGAAGUCAUAUAUAGAUAUAUUUUUUUGUUUACAAUAAGUUUUUAGGGAUGAUGAACAGUCAAUGUGGGAGCUGCUCGGGUAUGUAAUCUGCACCAUGUGUCGGUAUUGUCCGUUACUGAAGACUGAUCCUCUGCGCCGUCCUGUACUAUGUUAUCAGAGGAGAAGGAUGUCUGCUCUUCCUACCUUUACAUACUCUGCCUUUUCAGAUGAAAUGCACUUUUACAAGUUCAAUGGACUCUAAAACAGAUCUCGUUCCGUCAGUGAACACUUCGAGGGCAUCGUCUUGUUUUUUUAUAUUGAUUUUUUUUUUUAAUAGGCGGGUGACUUAUACCUGGUCUUUUCCUUCAAUAUAUGAUUUAGUAAUUGUGGACUUAACGGGAGGAUUAUUUGUCCUUAGCGUUCAAUUCUCUUGAUUUCCGUUGACGUGUGUUUUCUUUGUAGUUUAGCAAAAUCCUAAACUUUGUAUUGAUAAAUUUCAAAAUAAAAAAAAACACCAAUUGUGAACUGA